AUGUCCAGAAAAGGCCUCCGUAGAGGAGAGAUCUCGCCAGCCGAGACUGAGAUAAACAACGCACUUGAUGACUGCAUGAAAGUCAAGGAACAGGCGAUCGAGUUGCGCGAGGGAAAUGUACCAGAGGGUCCAUGGACGUCUCUUCUAAAAACAGAGUUCUUCAAGACCUACAGAGAGGUCCAUCCCAUCAAGGAUGAGCGCAAGGACUUAUACAACCGGUGGGAGCUUCACCAGAAUCAUCUUUGGAACGAUUGCCCAUCGAAGAGAGCCUUGACAAGCCCAGUACGAACUGAGCCAAAACCGGAUUUUGCUUAUUUAUUCCCAAUCAUCGAUCCCGCCUCCAAGGUGGCGAGGAGACUUCACUUCGACCCCAGAAUCAAAAAUUUCACGCUUCCCGUUCUCAGCGAGCUGCGGAAGACAGGAGGGGUAAUCUCGUCGCCAACCACGGCCUUAUCGAACUGUGAUCCAACAAAGCUGGACAACAUGGGUGCUUUAGAUCUGGUGUGCUUUCCUUGGGCUAUUGUCGAGGUCAAACAUGGCACCGGGAGAGCCGACAAGGCAGAAUUCUGUUAUUGCCAAGCUGCAAAUGGAUCGGCUGAAGCGCUCAUCAUGCGAGAGAAAUUGGCCGAGAAAGUAGACUCUCCAAAUACCGACGCCCUGGUCAUCUUCUCGUUUACCUGCGUGGGUCCUAGUGUUCGUCUUUGGCUCACGUUCAGACACCCACAGAGUAGGCAAAUCCAAAUGCGCUGCAUUUGGGCGACUUCCCUCGAACUUACCUGGGGCGUUUUCGCACUGCGUAUGGUAAUCGACAACGUGCGCGAAUGGGCGUUCAAUCAAGUGAAACCCAAGAUAUGCGAAUGGAUAUCUUAUGUCCGCUCGAAUCCAAUGUCUCAGACCUUCCUUGAUCUAGAUGGUAACCAAGUCGAACGACGGAGGAGGGCCAAGUCUCUUGAGCCGGACGACGAGAGAGCUCCAGUUCGAGUUUCCCUGCCGGAGAGACCUGCAUCCCAUUCUAAGCUUACCUCGGCAUAUGUCAGAGAAAACACUGUAUCAAGACACGAGCGCUCACCUAGUCCUCUGGCUCGUCGAUCGGCCCCACCGAUGAGUCCCUCCGAUGACGAUGAUGAGGAAGAAGAAGAAGAGGACGAGGAGGAAGAGAUUUUGGUGCUUGAGGCAUACGAUUCAGGUGAUGAUGAAGAUUAUGUCCUAAGUGAUAAUGCAUCAGGCGACGACGAUGGAUAUACGACUGUGGAAGAAGAAUCAUAUGACACAAGCGAAGAUGAGGACGAACCCGAUGAAGGAUAUUUGAAGGAUACCGCAUACAAGGCCCUGAACGAAGCUGAAUUCUUGUUGAAGCUGCGAGGCCGUAAGAGUAUCUGCUGUUAA